AGGAGGGCGGGGCUGCUCUGUUUCUUAGUGCGCCUCUGCUGUGGGCUGAUGUAGAGUGGACCAGGUCAGAGGACACACAGAUGAAGCAGAACUUCGUCAUCAUAUCAGUACUGUUGUUUUUGUUUUAUUAAUUUAAUUUCUAAUAAUUCAGCAGUCAUGGAUUUACCACGCAUCUAAAGAAUACCGAUUCGACGUCGACUGUUACUGGGACCAAAUCCGUGCAGCAUCCUGACGCACGGACAUCUUGUCUCACCCCGACAGCGCACUGUUUACCCCCCUGUUAUUUCCCUGCUGCUGGUUCUGGUUGGGUCCACUGUAGCGGAGCUGUCGGAAGCGCAGCAUGGCGUGGCCCUGUAUUAGCAGGGCGUGCUGCAUGGCCCGCUUCUGGAACCAGCUGGACAAGGCUGACAUUGCGGUGCCUAUGGUCUUCACCAAGUACGGGGACGCCUCAGAGGUGCAGCGCAUCCAGCUGCCACCACCACCUCCUCAGGCCCGCGUCGCCAUCGAAACGCAGCCUUCUCCCGCACGGACCCGCACCGCCACCGUCGAGGGUGUCGCGCGUCCGCCGCGUAGAUGCGUCUCUGAGGAGCGUGUGUGCAGCUCGGUGAUGCGGGAGGACUUUAGGCACUGGAGAGUGCGACCGGAACCGAGCUGUAAACCCAAGAACGAGUACCACGAACCGGAAACUCCAUUCAACACUGAGACCCAGUACCAGAAGGACUUCAAGCCCUGGCCCAUCCCCAAAAGGUACGACCAUCCCUGGAUACUUAAACCGCCUCCGGCCACCUCAAGUGGAGAAGCACCGGGCAGACCCAGGCGAGGGAAAAAACAAGCGGCGCUGACAGAGGCCGAGAGCGGAGUGGAGAAGAGCGCUAUAGCCGACAAGGUGCAGGAGAAGGACCUGCUGCAGGGUCAGGACAGGGAGGGUCGGUCCAGCAAACAGCAACAUCACCAGGUGGAGAGAAGAGGCAGAGCGGCCGUGGAUGCUGUGAACAGGCAGAUCAAGGAGGAGAUCACAACCGGCUCCUCAUACAGGACUGAAUACAAGGCCUACAAAGAUGUAAAACCAACCAAAAUGAUCAGAGCCAAGUCCCAGUACCUGCCCCCAGAUGGGAAGACCAGCCUGGAGACCAGCUACAACGCCACAUUCAAGGGCCAGCAGGCUCCUCUGCAGUCGGCUGACAACAAGGCCCUGGAGCGGAGGAGGAUACGCAGUUUGCCUUACAUAGACCCAUUCAGACAGGUUGACAGAUAUAGUGUCCCCCGCUCUAAACCCAAAAAGUCUGGAGCCACGGCAGCAGGCCAGGGCAAGCCGGCGAAGAAAGCCAAAGAUAAGCAGAGCGGUGGGCUGAGGGGCUCCAAGAAGACCACCUCCGAGAACUUGCCAGAGAACCGGCCGGCAGCGGUGGGGGACAAGGAGAAAAGUAAAGAGAUGAACAACAAACUGGCUGAGGCGAAAGAGGUUGUGCUAAAACAGCACCACUACAUACAGCUCUGCCAGCCAAUCCGAGACAUUGGCUGGGUGCAGACCCUAAAGCAGCACCUGUGGGGCUGUGCUCUACCCAAUCCCAGAGGUGCUGAGGACGAGGUUUUCAGACCCAGUCAUCAUCAUUCCCAGGGUGCUGCUGGAGGAGAAGCCCCACCACCACUGGAGAGGCCCGAACCCCGAAAGAGCAGCACAGUCAUACGCUUCGCCCUCGACGUGAACCAGACUGAGUAGCUGAGUGUCCCACGUCAAUGUGAUGCAGAGUGUGUAUCUCUGUGCUGUAUAUAUGUAGGAUUUAUGUCGAAAUAGUAGAAAAUAUAUGAAUCCCACACACACCGCGACGACAGAACACACAACAUGCAUGUUUGGACAGCUUCCGGGUCAGAGGUCACUGCUGUGGGACCCUAAUAGCAUUAAUGCAAAGGUGCUACAUUCCUGUCUCAAUCCGUUUGUCUCAAACACUGUUAAGAAACUUCACCAUUAAGUGCUUAUCUGAUCAGCCAAACACUGUACAUUUAUGGGCUUAGUGUAAAUAAAGAAAGAGUAAAUUGCAGAAAGUCCACUUCAUUCCUGGUCAGUUCUUUUCACACUGUGGUUGAGAAAAAUGGUUGUGUAAAAGGAUGGAGGUCAGCAGGUCAACGGAGCAGGGCAAACGUGCAGUGAUGUGUGUGUGUGUGUGUAAGAAGGGUUUAAAGUUAGGGUUACACUGAAGUUACAAAUACCUCGCAGUAUUUUACAGAUCAUGUGAGGCCAACUGUAUAGCCAGAGGGUCACUUCAGUUCAUUACUCACUACUGUGUGUGUGUGUGUGUGUGCCCCAAUACAUGCUCAUUAUUGGAUAUUAGAUUCAAUAAAAUAAAUUCACCGUUAGUGUGAAAAAUCAAUGUUUUUCAUUUGACUGAAGGAUAAGGAAACAACAUUUUCUUCAAUUUCUCCUACAGCUAAUUAUCAAAUGACAUGACUCCCUACAACGACUAUUUAAAUAUAUUUACUCAUAUAAACUGAAUAUACAUAAAUUAAAUACAUACAAAUGCAUGUAUUUGUAUGGCACUCCAUGAUUGAAUACUUAGACGGUUACUAAAUUUAUUUCAUCUAAAAAUAGAAUGACGUCUAUAUUUUGAAUUUCAUCUGAUUUGCUCGAGGUCUACC